AUGUCCAAACUCAAACUUCUCCCCAAUACUUCGUCACUACUAUACCUUUCACUGCUUUUCCUCCUCUCCCUUUUCUUAAUUUGCAAUGCUGAUUCAGGUUUAGGCGUCAAUUCACUGAAAACCAGUGAGAUUGAUGUCAUUGUGAGUAAGGGUUGCUCCAAGAAAAUUGGAGAGUGCUUUGAAGAGCUAGAAAUGGAGUCAGAGAUCAGUAGGAGAGUGUUGCUGAUGCGAAAGAAGUACAUAAGUUAUGAGACACUGAAGAGAGACAUGGUUCCAUGUGAUAAACCAGGUGCAUCGUACUAUAACUGUAAUGCUAGACAGGCUCAUCCUUAUACAAGAGGUUGUGAGGUCAUAACAAGGAAUUCUCCCAAAUUUGUGAAAGCAAUUGCUAUAUGUUGCACUGCUGCUUAG